GGGAUAAAUUGCACACAUUAGGCCUAUUUAUUAUGCGCACUGAUUUUCCGCGGCAUGUUCACGUGAGAUGCAACAUCAAAGGCUUUAUUGCGUUAUACACACCAUCAGCAGCUACGCCUUGCAAAUGUCAAGGCGUUGCAGAAAGAGGAAGAUCAAGUGAGCUACACGACACACACAGUCGAAGUGCUUACAAGUUCCCACAAGUGCCUCACGGAGAGGUUUCAGUCGCCACGGGUUUCCAAAGAAGACAGUUGCGCGCAAAGGGGAAUCAUGAAGGACCAAAGCUGUACUGAUGAAAUUACACAAAUCUUCCAAGAGGCUCCGUCGGCGAGACGAGCCCUGUUGGACAACUACGACAACUUGAUGAAGGUGGCUGAAUACUGCGAGAGCAACUACCUGCAGGCAGGUGCGGAUGCGGUCAAGGCCCUGGAGGAGACUAAGAACUUUACAACCCAGUCUCUGGCCAGUGUGGCCUACCAGAUCAGCACCCUGGCCUCCAACGUCCUCAAGCUGCUCGACGCACAGAACUCCCAGCUCAGAGACAUGGAGUCUUCUGUCAACCUCAUCGGACAGACAGUGGACAUGCACAGAGAGAAGGUGGCCCGGAGAGAGAUUGGGGCUUUCACCACAGCCAAGAGGGUUCCCCGCAGUCACAAAAUAAUCCCCCCGGCAACAGGCAAGGAGCCCAAACCCAAGUACACCCGUAGUCCCAUCGCCUACUCUGACCUGGACACACUGGGACAUGGCAUGAAGGAUUCUGGUAAGCUGAUGGGGAAAGCAGGGUCAUCAAAACGCAAACAUGGCGGCACAAUCAGGAGCACUUCCAGAGCACCCCCAGAGCCUGUCCAGUGUCCCACAGCCCCCUCUCUGUCUCGAGGGGCGUCCCUCACCUCUCUCAAUGAUCGCUCCAUUGGGUCCAGCUUUGGCAAGGCCGUGCCUCCCCCCGUGGUCCCCGGCUGGCCCGCGUCACCCGACUCUGACAUCAUCACCACCCUGCUAGAGGAGGCCCCACCCCCACCACCGCCCCUGUCUCUGAUGGAGGAUGGUGACGCCGCCAUGACAGCUGCGGCCCCUCUUCCUCCUCCUCCCAUGGCGCCUCCUGCCUCCUCUCUGGAUGUCCCUAGUCUGCCCCCCACCACCACAACCAGCACCCCUGAACCUGCUCAUACCAGCCUAGCCUGCAUCCCCCCUCCCCCUGCCCCACCCCCACUGGAGACUGUGGCUGAAGAGAACGGCUUCCCGCCCCCAAUGCCACCACCAUCUGACGAGCCUCUCCCGCCACCAGCCAGUGAGGGCCUGGAGCUCCCUGACCCGCCCCCUCCACCGAGUGAUGAAGUGGAUGAAGAUCUGGUGAUCCCAGCCCCGCCUCCUCCACCUUUUACCGACAGUGUGGGUGGCUUUGAUGACGUCAUGCCACCCUUACCUCCCCCUGCUGAUUAUGACACGACUGGCCCUACAGACUUUUUAGAGAAAGUGGUGGCGCUGUACAGCUACAACUCAGGGAAGCCUGGCGACCUGAUGUUCCAGGAGGGAGAAGUCAUCUACCUGAUCAAGAGGAAUGAAGACGGCUGGUGUGAGGGAACACUCAACGGAGUAGAGGGAUUCUUCCCUGGGAACUACGUAGAUUCCUUCACUAACUAAGAUAUUAGACCGCUUAAAGGUGGACUCAGCGAUAUGACGAAUAUGCAGAAAGUAAACAGCACAGUGGGUCAAUUUCCGCGAGGCUCAACUUGUCCUCUGUUUUGGUCUUGUGGCUACCAUGUUGUAAAAGCGUGAAGCGCACCCGUGCACGUGCGCAGAUACUGUGUGUGAGAGUGGAGUCGUGCAUCUCGCUUAUCGCAAUAUCUGCGGUGCUGCUCGUGGCAAUGUCAUUUCGCUUAGUCUACCUUUUAAUAUGAAGAGGGAAAGUCAGCUCUGUCCACAAACAACCCCUAACCCUAAACCCUAGGUCUACCUAGGUACUUUAUGUUGAUCAGGAUGAUUUGAACCGGUGUAAACAUACAUACUCACAUCAUUGGUAUAAGAAAUAACUAUUGUAGCUUUAUCUGUCCCUUUGAUAGGCCAGGUGGAAUUUCAAUCAUAAUGCCUGUCAGGUAUAGAGUUUCGGGCUAGUGGUUAUUGAGUUGUUUCUUGAUGGGGACGUGGUCAACUGUAGAAAGACCUCUACUGACCCCUACUGGUCAUAGUAAUAUGAACGGAAAAUAAGGCAAUAUUUCCACUUGGAAUGAUGGCAGGACUCUGAAAUAUAACCACUAUAUGGCGCGAUGGGCUAGUUAUAUAUUACCAAGAGGGUCACUAGGUAGGACGACUUAAAUACCUGCUAUCUUUCAACCAAGACUAGAUCAAAUAUAAAAAAGUCAGCUUGCUUAUUAACUAUGAAGGUAGUGAAUACUUGGGAAAUGCUUUGCAAGUUAUACAAUAGCUCUAUGUCCCGUUCAGUAUUGUUUUACAAGUACUAUAGUACCAGUAUAUGAGCUACUGCUGUGUUCAGUAGAACAAGCCCUAAACUCUGUAUAAUGAUGUGGUAAAGUUGCUUCUGUUUUUCUGUCAAUGUGACCAGCCAGUGUUUGCUGCUGCAAUUUUUUGGCUCUGCAGGAUGAUAUUGGUCACUUAAUUAGACUUGCACUAAUAUAUUUUGUAAUAUUCAAACUCCGAUGAAAUAAUAUAUGGAUUAUAGAGACAAUUCUCUGAGAAAAUAUGUGUAUGAAUUCUGUUACCAGGUGAAAAUAUUUUACUGGCAGUGAGGUCAUAUGAGAUUGAGAAAUGUAAAAGUGAUUUUAAACUUGUUAAUGUGGUCAGUUAGUUUCAUUUUUGAUGUUUAGUGUAUCCUUUGAGGUUGAACAAUGUUUCAUUUACAUGUCUGUCAAUAAAAUGCGUAGCUUUUCCAAAUCAAA